AUGAUGGGUUUACUGGAGUUAUUAUACAACUGUUUGGUCAAAUAUGGAGUGCCGAUAUCCUUAGUGGCUGGGGCAGAUGAGGUGUGCGCUCGUUGCUCAUUUGUACAAGGCAAACCACCAGCGAAUGCGAAAUUAACCUCCGAGUGUAUCACAUCGUUGGCUUCGACGCUAUCUCAAGUUUCGCAACAAGAACAGAGCAGUACGGCUGAAGUGAAGCCGGAAUUAGGUGAGGAUCGUCUAACGAUUGUUGAUAACGAGAGCGAGAGUCCGAGUUCGUUAGCAACUCCAACACCGCUGCCAAUGAACGAAUUAGAUCAGGCUAUUAAAAGAGCUUUGAGCGUCACAAAUACAUCAUUACCCGUUGUCGUGACGUUACCGCUAGGAUUCUGUCCAAACAACUUCAGCAAUAGAUCAUCCUUGGAAACUAAUAAGAAUGGUAGUGGAUGUGAUGAAGAAGAUCUGCGACUAACUAACAAAACUCCAUCAACCUCGUCCGCGCUAGGUCUCGGGCCGUCGACACUCUUAAGUGUUCCAGACCUGCGUACUGUAGCAAGCUUAGCUUCUAUGAAUGUCAAAUCAAUGCAGAACCAGCAGCAGUCCGGCUCUGAAAGCAAAACAGAAAUGGACCCUGAUUCUCAUUCAAAAAUUCGCAAAAAGAAGAGGGAUCGCCCUUUAAGCUGUUCCAUUGUUUAUUAA